CCAGCCAGUUUGCGUCACUGCCUCGCAGAGCGAGCAGAGAGCAGAGCGAGCUGGGGAGAGCAGACAAGUUUGAAGGGGAGGGCAGGCAGAGUUAGCGGCCCCCGAGGCGCUCCUCUCCCACCGCCCAUCCCUUUCCUGUCUUCUUCCCCUCUGCUUCUCUCUCUGCCCUUAACUUUUCCCCGAAAACCUCUUAUUUAGCCAAAGGAAGGAGGUAAGGGGAACACUCUCCCCUCCCCCCUCCAAAAAAACCCCCUAACUUUUCCAGUCCGGAGAUCGCAGGGGAGCGAGUGGGCGCCCAGCUGGCCAUGGAGCUGCUGUGCUGCGAGGUGGACCCGGUCCGCCGAGCCGUACCGGACGCCAACCUGCUCCAAGACGACCGCGUGUUGCAGAACUUGCUCACCAUCGAGGAGCGCUACCUUCCCCAGUGCUCCUACUUCAAGUGCGUGCAGAAGGACAUUCAGCCCUACAUGCGCAGGAUGGUGGCCACCUGGAUGCUGGAGGUCUGCGAGGAGCAGAAGUGUGAGGAAGAGGUCUUCCCUCUGGCCAUCAAUUACCUGGACCGCUUCUUGGCUGGAGUCCCAACUCCGAAGACCCACCUGCAGCUUCUGGGGGCCGUGUGCAUGUUCCUGGCGUCCAAGCUGAAAGAGACCAUCCCGCUGACAGCCGAGAAGUUGUGCAUUUACACAGACAACUCCAUCAAGCCUCAGGAGCUGCUGGAGUGGGAGCUGGUGGUGCUGGGCAAGUUGAAGUGGAACCUGGCAGCUGUCACCCCCCACGACUUCAUCGAGCACAUCCUUCGGAAGCUCCCCCAGCCCAAUGAGAAGCUGUCUCUGAUCCGCAAGCACGCGCAGACCUUCAUUGCUCUGUGCGCCACUGACUUCAAGUUCGCCAUGUACCCACCGUCAAUGAUCGCAACUGGAAGUGUGGGCGCCGCCAUCUGCGGGCUCCAGCAGGACGAGGACGUGAGCUCGCUCACGGGCGACGCCCUGGUGGACCUGCUGGCCAAGAUCACCAACACGGACGUGGACUGCCUCAAAGCCUGCCAGGAGCAGAUCGAGGUGGUGCUCCUCAACAGCCUGCAGCAGUACCGUCAGGACCAGGGCGACGGAUCCAAGUCAGAGGAUGAACUGGACCAGGCCAGCACCCCUACAGAUGUGCGGGAUAUUGACCUGUGAGGAUGUCGGGCGGGCCGAUCGGUGGAGAGACAUUUUCAAUCUGUACUCUCCGUCUCUCCGGUUGUGUUUUGUUCUCUUAUGUUUUAGGAUGAAACCUUAAAAAAAAAUUCUGCCCCCCUACCUAGAUCAUAUUGAAAGAUCUUUUAGAAGUGAGAGAUAAAGGUCCUAUAAAAACGGAAUAAUUAAAAGCAUCUGGUGCCUAUUUGAAGUACAACAGAAGGGAAUCCCUUAUCUAUGCGAACAGUUAUUGUUUGAUUAUGUUAAAAGUAAUAGUAAGAUGCUUACAGGAAAACCUGCAAAGUAGCUAGAGAAAAAAAUGUACGCCUGCAAUAUGGGAACAAAUUAGAGGAGGCUUUUUUUUUCCUUCAUGUUAUGAACUAGCAUGUAUACACCCUUUGUAGGAUAAUUUGGAGGAUCUGCGGAUGCCACUUGUGGCAUGAUUAGAGUGCAAAGCAAUGAACUCGAGAAGGAAUUAGAAAUAAGGAGGGACGUGGUGGGGAGGGAGUUACCAAAUAGUCUAAACGCGAUCGAACCAUUUUGGAUGGAGAAGCGCCCUUGCCCCGACUGCCUGUUUGUAACCAAGUCAAGAGCGUUGCUAGGUCUCUAGCUAGAACGUUUGCUGUCAACAGUAGCUGCUACCUAACAGAUGUGCUGUUUUGCCCGGUGGACGCAGGUCAUUGCAUCCUGGGUUUUGUGUUUUCGGACAUCUUGCUGCUUCUUCCAAACAUGGUUCGUUACGGACACCACCCGAUUUUUAUCUAAAGGGGCAAUCUAGCUAUGGGCCACCCCCCACGCACCCCCCUCCAAAAACAAAAAAACAAAAAAACUCCUAUGAAAUGGAGGCAGACAGAGCCCGAGGGUGGGAUCUGGAAUGGAACCUUUUUCUCCUGACGUGUUAAAAGAGAGUCAUGUGACCUUGGCAUCCCUCAUUCGGAAACAGACGAAUUUUUGGUGCUGAUUGGCAUGUCUGGUCCACAGGCGAGCGUUGUUAUAAACCAUUCCAUUCGAAAAGCACUUUGAAAAAUUGUUCCCAAGGGAUAGAUGGGAUGGUUUAUGCAAAUCAUGCAGAGUAGCUGCCUCCCUUCUUCUCCUGUCCCCCCCUCCCCCCGUUGGGUUACUGUUCUCAUCCUGUAUCUCACAUCCUCUCGUAUCCCCACUGGGACUCAGGACACAUCCCUUUCCGCUGAAAUUCCCAUCACAACACUCCUUCG